GCAGAAGAGGAGUUUGGAGGGUAUGAUGGGUGCAGCAUUGUGAUAUUUGCAGAACAGGAGGGCGGAGUGUAUGAUUGGGACAGUCAGGGGCGGACUGACAACUCAUGGGCCCCCCGGGCAAUAGGGGAUCAUGGAGCCCCUGUGUCCUUGCCCAAACUCAUAAAAGCCUAUGAAAAAGGUACCAGGGGCAUCUCAUGGGGCCCCCUACUGACCCCGGGCCCUCGGGCAGUGCCUGAGUUUCCAAAUGGUCAGUCCGCCCCUGCAUACUACUGUAGC